UUCUCCGAGUCUUCUAGCUUCCGUGGUCCAACCUCCUUCUCCUUCUCUUUCUAUCUCUCUCGCCACUAGAUUGCCAAGAAAGAGGCAAGACAGCAGUCCAAAAAAAAAAAUGCAAAGUGCCGGCAGUGUGGAGGAACCAAGUACAGCAGUACCUUUGUUAGACGAUUCAUCUUCAACAUCAAAACACGAAGAAGAUGAUCAUCUAGAUAAGAAGCUUUCACAGAAAGUGUGGAUUGAAUCGAAGAAGCUAUGGCAUGUCGUUGGCCCCGCCAUCUUCAACCGUGUCGCAACCUACUCCAUGUUAGUGAUCACCCAAGCCUUCGCCGGCCACCUCGGUGACCUCGAGCUCGCCGCCAUGUCCGUUGCCAGUAAUAUCGUUUUGGGGUUCAACCUUGGCCUCUUGGUAUGA